GGCUGUGUGACUAGUAAGCGGCUUUGCACUAGUUCUUAUGGCUGUUGUCUCCAUCCAGCUGGGCACUUUUCCAUGGAUGUCUGCGCUCUGAAAGUAGGAUUGCACUCAUAGAAAAGUACUCCAGCCCUUGCUUCUGGAAUGCAGCUCUGAACUAGAGGGCAUCGGGAAGAGAUCAGGGGACAUGUGGCCGUCUGGAGCCAGCAGUAGGUUACCCUGCCCCCGGGACUCUGCGCUCAGAAGGGCAGCUUUCUCCGGGAACCUCUAUGCUCUGCCCCCUCACCUUGUACCAACUGGGAGAUGCGUCCGGGUCUUCAUCAGUGCCAACCCUGAAGAUACAGUAGCGGAAAGAAAUGCAUUAAAAGAGCAAAUAUAUCCCAAGUUGAGAGAAUUCUGCAGAGAGAAUUAUGGCAUGGAAUUCCAGGCCAUAGAUCUGUACUGGGGCGUAUCUCCAGAGGAGUGGGAUUGUCCAGAACUGCAAAAAACCCGUAUGCGUUUAUUAGAAGACUGUCUGAAAACGUCUGCCGGACCAUGUUUUGUGGGCCUUCUUGGAGAGAAAUAUGGAACCAUUCGAAUCCCUGGGGAGGUUGAGUCAUCUGAAUUUGAAAUGAUCCUGGAUGCUGCUAUUGAAGCUAAGCUGGAAACGAGGACCUUGGAGGAAUGGUAUUGCAGAGAUGAAAAUUCCGUGCCACCGGCGUAUUACCUCAGACCAAAGGAAGAAAUGCUGAGCAAUCAUCAUAAUCCUACGGACUCUUCCACAAGUUCAGCAAAUGUGAAGAAAUGGCAAGCGGUAGCUGAAGAGAUAAAGCAUAUUUUUAAUACUGCUGUUAAAUUACUUCACGAGAAAGGAAAGUUGAAAACCAGCCAAGCCAAGAGAUAUUUAUCGUCUGCCUUGGAAGACGAGUUUGAUUUUGCACUAGGAAAGCAGACUGCAGCCUUUUUAAAGAAAUGUGUGUGCUACAUCCGUAAAAUUUCAAACAUUGAAAGGCAUGUGAAAAUCCCAGAGAUGGGAAAAUACACAGAUGUCAUUAAAGUGGAGAAUAAGAAUACUCGCGAUCCUGAAGCCUUGGAAAAAUUGGUAAAGCUCAGAGAUGAGUUUAUUCCAACUAUUGUUGCGUCAUCCAAUCUGCGAGUUUACACAUCAGUGACGCACUGUGACAUGAAGCUGGGAUAUUCCCAAGAAGUAGAAAAUCACUACGUGGACGGACUCGGAAAGCAGUUUUAUGAAGAUAUGAUUGAUAUUAUCCAGGCAACUGUCCAGCAGAAUUUUGAUAUAGAGACUGAUUCCCUUUAUGAUGAAAUCCUGCAAAACUUGUCUCUCUGUAGAACAUACUCUUUAUUCUAUGAAUACAGAUGUGAAGCACUGCAUUUAAUUCACAAAUAUAUACAGCCUUGCAAAUCAGGACACAUUAACCCUCUCGUUGUUUAUGGAGGGGCCUGCACUGGAAAAACCCUUUUAUUAGCAGAAGCUGCAAAAAAGGCCUGGUCAUGGCUUCAUAAAGAAAUGGCAUCAGAUUCCGACCCCGUAGUCAUUGUAAGAUUUGUAGGAUCUACAGAAAUGAGCUCUGAUUUAAGCAAUCUGCUGCAAAGUCUAUGUGAACAAUUGGCCGAAAACUACCAAUGUUUACUGCAGAACCUUCCCAAAAAGGUUCGGGAUCUCCAUGAACUCUUUUUAAAUUUGUUGAAUGAGUCCUCUUUUCACAGACCACUUAUUAUUAUAUUGGAUAGCCUUGAACAACUCUCAGAUACCGAUGAUGCCAGAAAGCUCUGGUGGUUGCCUAUUCAUCUUCCACGUACAGUUCGGAUAAUCAUAUCAACACUGCCAAACAAGCAUGGAAUCCUGCAAAAACUAAGGUGCCUUAUACAUAAUGAGGACAAUUAUAUCGAACUUAUAACUAGGGACAGAAAAAUGUGCAGCCAAAUACUUAAGCAUCAGCUACUUGGCGUAAAGCGAAAAGUGACAUCAGGUCAACAAAUCUACGUCAAUGAAGCAUUCUCAAGGUGUACUCUGCCUAUGUUUGUGAACUUAACAUUUAGAGAGGUUAGGACCUGGAGAUCUCAUAAAGAUGUUAAUGAUUCAACUCUUAGUAUCACUGUUCAUGAGAACAUAGAGCAUUUAUUUUGGUCACUUGAAAAUAAAUGCGGUCCUAAUAUUGUGUCCAGAGCACUUGGCUAUAUCACAUUGGCCAAGACGGGACUCAGUGAAGUGGAACUGGAAGACAUCCUAGCUCUUGAUAAUAGUGUGAUGAGAGAGUUGCUGGCUGGCAUGAAACCAUCCAAUCCAUUAAGGAUACCCUACACAGUUAUUGCACACCUUAAAGAGCACCUGACUGGUUACCUGAUAGAAAGACACGUAAGAAAUGUUACCCUCCUGGUUUGGUCUAACAGACAAUUGCACCUAAUUGCCCAGAAAAGAUAUCUAAGCAAUGAUGAGGAAUUGCAAGAAAUGCAUACAAAUAUGGCGGAAUACUUUUUAGGUUUUUGGUCAGGAGGAAGAAAAAAAACUCUCUACGACGAGCAUCAUUAUUUUGAAAAUUGCAUUUCAAAUGAAAACAGAGGGAUUCACGAUCAGGAGAACCACUUUAACAAUGAAUCUGCGUUUGACAGGCAAGCUCCUGAGCAGCCAUGGGCAUUUCAAUGUAACCCUCUUGAGCCAGAUAUCUUUUUUGUUAAUCACAGGAAAAUGACAGAACUGUUACAUCACUUGACCAGAAGUGGAAUGAUGGAUGAACUGAUGUCUGGGCUUGCAAUGAACUUUAGCUGGCUUUACACCAUGAUCAAAAUAGGACAGUUUGACAGGGCACUGGGUGAUAUUGAAGUAGCAUACAAUUACUCACAACAAAAAGAGCUGAAAUUCCUUGCCAGCACCCUUCAAAGCAUAAAAAAUAAAAUUCUUAAAUAUCCUGGAUCACUGUCUGCGGAGCUGCAACAAAUACUCUUACCAGUUGUAAGUUCGUUGCCUAAGUUCCGGAACCUUCUUAUGGAAUGUAACAAAGAUGGACCUAAAUAUUGUUCUAUUGUUCCACUACAUUCAUCUAUGGAUGUAAAUUAUAUCCCUGAAAGACUUUCCUUGUCAUCUAGCUCAUUGCAUGUCACAGAGGUCCUUCCUACUUAUAGCCCAAAUAUUAUAAUUGCUGCCCUGGAAAAUGGCUCUAUCAGUACCUGGGAUGUAGAAUCUAGACAACUCCUUAGACGAAUCACAACAACACAGUUUGUAAUAAUUGGUAUGAAGCUAACAACAGAUGAAAAAUAUCUUGUUGUAUCCACGACAAAGAACACCCUGUUGAUUUAUGACAACCUUAAUUCUUGCCUUUUGUCCGAAGUAGAAGUAAAAGGGUCUAAGCACAGUGGCAUUGGAGCAGGAUCAAAUGUAAUUAAUGGUUUCACACUGUCAAACACACAUGCACUUGCAUGGCUGGAGGCGAGUAAAGAUGUUAAUGUUAUUGAUCUACUUUAUGGAUGGCCUUUAUAUAACUUCCAUUGUUGGUAUGAAGUAACAUGCAUACGAUGUUCUCCAGAUGGACAAUAUGCGUUUUGUGGACAGUACCUCAAUACAACCACCAUUUUUAAUUUGAGUAGUGGUGAAAAGCUGUCAACCGUAACGUCUGAAUUUUCAGGGGGGUUUGUAAAAUCCAUUCUUGUGCUUGAUAACACCCAAGAAGUGGUCAUGAUUGACAAUGAAGGAAGCCUUUCUGUUUGGAACAUAGAGGAAAUAACAAACCCUCAACUGACCGAAGAGUUUGAUUGUACCAAGGAAGACACAGAUGUGGUCAGCAUUGAGCUUUCCGAAGACCAAAGUGCAAUUCUUAUAUGUAAAGCGUCAAGCAUUGAGCUCCUUGACACACGUAUGUGGAAAGUAUCAGAAAAGUUUAGAGCCAAGCAUAAUGAGAAAUUCAUAUUCGCUGUACUUUCUAAAAAUUGUGACUGUAUUAUUGCUUCCAUGGAAAAUACCUCAUCUAUUUUUGUUUGGAGAAGAGACACAGGACAAUGCAUGGCAAGUUUACAAGAAAUCUCAGGAAACAUAGUGAAGCUAGUAAAAUCAAGCCAUCACAACUUACUUCUGUCUCUGACCAUCAGUGGUGUCCUUUCCAUCUGGGACAUUGACAUCUUGACAGCAAUGUCCAACAUUGACAAAACUGGAAAAGCCGUCCAAGCGGUUUUAGUCACCAGUCGAGGGGAUUACAUCUAUUCGCUCGAUGGAUCAGAUUCCAUUCAAAAGUGGAAUUUUAACACAGGUUUUAUAGAGUCUGCCUUUAGACAUGAGGGCAUCGUUGAACAUUGUGUACUUACAGCCGCCGCAGAACUAAUGGUAACUUCUGACGACAAGUGCAACCAGUACGUUUGGCACACUGGCAGUGGAGAAAAUAUCCUCCGCAUUAGUGGGCAAAGGAUAUCUCAGCUCUUAAUUACUCAUAACGAUCAAUUUAUUGUUUCACUUUGCGAACAAAAUGCAUCCAGAGUAUGGAGACUAGCUACGGGACAUAAAGUUUGUAACAUUUUAGCUGCCUUAAAGAAUGCACUUAUAACAACUGCAAAUACUUUUGUGGUUGGCAUGACCAAGAACAAACUGUUAGCCGUUAGCUUAUGGACAGGAAGCAUAACAAAAAAGUAUUGCUGUGAUGAUGGUGCAACUAUUGUUAAUUUCAAAUUGAUCCCAGAUUGCCCAGAAUUUGUGGUUUUUAUUACAUCGACUGAAACUGUGAACAUUUGGAGCCUUGCUGAAGAAACCGUUUGUAGACGAGUUCAACUGCCAUGCAACUUUUUAAAAAAUCUGGAUGAUUUUCAAAUCUCUCCAAAUGGCAAACUUGGGAUCGUAACACAUGGUGAUGAAAAAAUCAAUAUUCUUGAUCUACACAGUGGCAAAUUACGCAUUGUACAAGCACCAGGCAUCAUUUGGAAGCAUAGCUUGUCCUGUGACGGGCGCUACCUUGUCUACAUUUGUUUUUGCAGUGGAGAAGAGGAUGAGGACAAUUCCAUCUCAAGUUUAAUAGUAAUGAGACUAGCAGAUGGGAAAAACAUUGGUGCUUGCUCAUUAUAUAAAACUCCAACUUUUCUUGCUGUUUCACAAAGGCACCUUAACAUUGUUGUAGGAUUUGAAGAUGGAAGCCUUGGCACUUACACCGUAGUGGACCGCGUUGACGCCACGCUGAAGAUUAAAAUUGCGACAUCAAAUAGCCGUCAGAUUUUCAGUACCAAGCCACAUAUAUUCAGACCCAAGUGCAAUCAUUGCAAUUUUAAGAUUUUACCCGACUGCUUGUGGAGAGAGUCCACAGAAGUGUUCGCCAGAGAUAGCCCCAUCACAGUUUCAGACUCCGGCGAAGGCACUGAGACAACACCGACCAAAAAACACAAUUUUUGCUAUGAGAAAAUGUGCUCUGCCAUUGACUGUAGGGGGCAGAGUUUUGCCAAUGACAGCUGAGAUCUAGAGGCGAUGGGUAUUAUAAAUGUUUACACAUCAUUGCCCUGUAGAUGAGUAAAUUGAAGUUUAUUGCUUGGUAUAAUUUAGUAUCCAUAAUAUCAUCAGCAACACCGUUUUAAAA